GACUGCGCAUGCGCAGACCGCCCUCCUCACCCCCCCACCACAACCUCCCGUACCAAGAUGGCGGACGCGGCCUUGGGUCCCGGGCCGUUGCAAUCGGAGCUGGAGGUGCUCCAGGCGAUAUUUCUGGACGACAUGACGGUGACUCAUGAAGACGGACGUCCCCACCCAUGGCAGGUGACUGUCCACUUGGCCCCGGCCACGGGCGAGGAUCCAGCGCUGGGCUUCGUGAGGCUGAGCCUACACCUGCAGCUACAGCACUCGUAUCCGUGUUCUACUCCACUCAUCACAAUCAGUAAUCCCAGAGGGUUCUCGGAGCAGCAGAUUGACGGGUUGGUGGAGACGUUGAGGAUCUUGGCGCAGGAGCAGCUGGGCUCAGCUGUUCUGUUCCAGCUCGUGCAGGUGGCUAAGGAGGCGCUCACCACCAUCAACAGCCACCCACACGGUGCCUGCACCAUCUGUCUCUACAGCCUGCAGGAGUCGGAGGCGUUUGUGUGUUCCCCGUGUUUCCACUACUUCCACGCCCACUGCCUGAGCCGCUACGCGCUGCACCGCCUGGCCGAGGGGAGGCUGGCGGCGGCGGGGGCGGGGCCGGGCCGCCAGCGACCGCAGCGUCACGGGGGGCGUCACGAAGGGGCGGGGCAGCGCCACGAGGGGGCGGGGCAGAGUCGCGAGGAGGCGGAGCAGAGUCACAAGGGGGCGGGGAAGGAGCGGUGGGGUGGGCAGGAGGCAACAAACGACGAGGUGGUCAGGGCCCCGUGCCCUGUGUGCCGGGCGGAGAUGGAGCUGAAGAUUGUCGAUCUUCAGAAUGCAGAGGAGCCUCUGGGACCUACGGAGGAGCCGUGGGUCCCGGAUGAGAGGGAGCGGCAGCGCCGUGAGGAGACGGAGCGAGGGCUGAGACGGCAGAGGGAGCGGGGCGGAACCGUGGACACGCAGACGGAGCGCGGAGCAUUCGUCAUCAGCCUGGCUACACCGACGCGCGUCGAAGAAUCUCCUAUCACGUUGGAGCUCUCUGCGCCUCCUCAGCCAAUCAGCACGGAGGACACCGACUCUUCACCGUCCAGUCAGCAGCAGCGUUACCGCCCCCACCACCGCCCUCACCACCGGCGCCACCACCAGCAGCCAAUGAGGGGCGACGACGCAGACAGGCGCGGCUACUUGCCAGCCAAUCACAGCGGACAUAACUGGAUGAGGGGUGGGGACGGUUGGAGGAGACCGGCAAAUCAGAGGGAGCCGUUUGGCCGUGCGGCCAAUCAGAGGAGAGGUCUGCCCCCUUUUUCAGGGGCCAUUGGAAGCGAAGAGAGUUUGACCAAUCAGGAAACCGGAUGUUGGGAGGAUCCCCACGAGCCGACCAAUAGAAGGGCGGUUUCUUCUACAAUGCUUUUGGCCAAUCGUGGAAGAGCAAGGGCCAACCGGAGUCACCCAUUCACUGAGAGAACGGCUAAUCAGAGCCCAGCUUCUUCGCACUUGGCCAAUGAGGAUGUAGAAUCCUCGGUAGCCAAUGAGAAUAUAGCUUCUUCACAAUCGGCGAAUGAUGAUGUAGCAUCUUCAGUAGCCAAUGAGAAUGUAGCCGCUUUACAAUCGGCCAAAGAGGAUGUAGCAUCUUCAAAAGUAGCCAAUGAUAGUCCAGCUGUUUCACAAUCGGCCAAUCAGAGCGCAGCAUCUUCGGAAGCCAAUCAGAUUGAAGGGACUUAUUGUGGGUCGUCAUCGCAGGACAAUCAGAACUCCCCAUCAUUGCUUUCAUCGCCAUUGACCAAUGAGAGAUUGGAAUACUCAGUAGCCAAUGAGAUUGGGGCAUCUUCAUCAGGCAAUCACAGACCAUUGUCUGCAUCAGCCAACCACAGGCGGCCAGGAUUCUCUCCAGCCAAUCACAGGGCUAGAUUAUCAGCCAAUCCCAAGCCAGCUUAUACAUUGGCCAAUCAGAACCCUGGAGUUGCAGCAGGCAAUAGGAGCAAAGCAUCUUCAAUGGCCAAUCACAGUGAAGAACACUAUUCAACCAACCACAGACAAGUUUGUGCAACCGCCAAUCGCAGGCCAGUGUCUUCAGCCAAUCAGAGGCCAGCAUGCUCAUCAACCAAUCAGAACUCUUCUGUUACAGCCAACCAGAAACCAGCAUAUUCAUCAGCCAAUCACAGGCAAGAUUGCUCUUCAGCCAAUCAGAGCUCUGCGGCUCCAGUAGCCAAUAGGAGCUCAGCAUUUCUAUCAGCCAAUCGGAACAUGGAUUCUGCAACGACCAUGAGCGGGCCAUCAUCUUCAUCGGCCAAUCAGAAGCUGGCUUACUCAGCAACCAAUCGCAGAAUAGUGCCUUCAUCGACCAAUCAGAGGCCAGCAUACGCAUUGGCCAAUCCAGAGUCUUUAUCGACCAAUUGCAGCGAAGAACACCAGUCAACCAAUCACAAGCCAGCUUCUGCGAGAGCCAAUGACAGACCAGCAUGCUUGUCGGCCAAUGACACACCAGCAUACUCGUCCAUUCAAAGGCCACCACAUUGCUCAUUGACCAAUCAGAGGCCAGCACAUAGCUCGUUGGCCAAUCAGAGGGCAGCACAGUUCUCAUCGGCCAAUCAGAGGCCAGCUUUCGAAGCAGCCAAUAGCGGCAGCCGGGGGAGGGGACGCGGUGGGAAUGUGAGGGGCCAGGCAGGCCCCAGGGCAUGCUGGGAUAAUUCCUAUGAUGCAUCGGGAGGGAGGGCAGCUUCUGAUUUCUCGAUAGAACGUAGGGCGGACAUGUGAGGUGAACCAUAGUCUCAUCCCAUACAGAACCAUAGUCUCAUCCCAUACAGAACCAUAGCCUCAUCCCAUACAGAACCAUAGUCUCAUCCCAUACAGAACCCUCAUCCCAUACAGAACCAUAGCCUCA